CACCUUGGUCAGCACGUGCUCCAUGAUAGACUUUGUCAUGUGACCUUCUCUGUGCUCCUUGUUUCUCUCUAGUCUCUACCAUUGCUUCUCAGCUUUUUCUUGUGUUUUGUUUUCAACUCUCUCUCUCUCUCUCUCUUCCGUGUUUCCGCCGCUGCAACAAGCAACAAUAACAGCAGUGACUCAGUAUAGUAUAGUCAUUUGCAACAUGAAAAACCAUUAACCAUGAUUCAACUAUUCAUUUACUCUUCAACCCUUUUUCUUUUUCUAUGUAUACACCAAACCCUUUAAUCAUUUCACAAUCAUAAUCACUUUAUGGGUUGCUUUCACUCCAAAACUGCUCAUCUUCACUCCCCUGAAGACCCUCCUACUGCUUUACCUGACUCAAAGAAAACCGAUCCAGGUGAUGAUGGAGGUGAUGGUGAUCAAGAAAGUCAAGUUCCAGUAUUCAAAGAGUAUGGUUUGAAUGAACUUAGAAGGGCUACACAUGAGUUCAGCACUGAAUACAUUGUUUCUGAGAGUGGUGAGAAAGCUCCUAACGUGGUUUACAAAGGGAAGCUUGAGAAUAAUCGAUUAGUUGCUGUUAAACGCUUCUCCAAACAGUCUUGGCCUGAUGCUCAACAGUUUCUGGCAGAGGCAGCUGGAGUUGGGAAAGUGAGGCACAAAAGAAUGGUGAAUCUAAUUGGUUGUUGUGCUGAAGGGGAUGAAAGGCUCUUGGUAGCUGAGUACAUGCCAAAUGAUACUUUAUCCAAACAUCUCUUUCACUGGGACAAACAACCAUUACCAUGGGAAAUGCGCGUUAGAGUUGCAUAUCAUGUUGCCCAGGCCCUAGAUCACUGUAGCAUGGAAAACCGGAAAAUAUAUCACGAUCUUAAUGCUUACAGGAUUCUUUUUGACGAGGAUGGUGAUCCUCGGUUAUCAAGUUUUGGGCUUAUGAAAAAUAGUCGAGAUGGGAAAAGCUAUAGUACUAAUUUGGCCUAUACUCCACCUGAAUUUUUGCGAACAGGCCGGAUAAUAGCAGAGAGUGUGAUCUACAGUUACGGCACUGUCCUUCUUGAUCUUUUGAGCGGCAAGCAUAUUCCCCCAAGCCAUGCUUUGGACCUAAUUAGAGGGAAAAAUGCGUUGUUGUUGAUGGACUCAUCCUUAGAAGGGCAAUAUGCAAAUGAUGAUGCUACAAAGUUGGUUGAGCUUGCAUCCAAAUGUCUUCAGUUUGAGGCCAGAGAACGACCUGAUAUCAAGUUUCUUCUCACUGCCGUUACACCUCUUCAAAAGCAGAAAGAGGUAGCAUCUCAUGUGUUAAUGGGCCUUACUAAAACACCGGCAGUGCUACCAUUACCAACCAUGCUUUCUCCUCUUGGAAAGGCUUGUGCAAGGAUGGAUCUUACUGCUAUUCAUGAUAUAUUGUUAAAAACCGGUUAUAAAGAUGAGGAAGGUGCAGAAAAUGAGCUUUCAUUUCAAGAGUGGACACAACAAGUGCAGGACAUCUUAAACACAAAAAAGUUUGGCGAUAUUGCAUUUAGAGAUAAGGAUUUCAAAAAUGCAAUUGAGUAUUAUUCCAAGUUGGUGGUUAUGAUGUCUGUUCCAUCCGCAACCGUGUUUGCAAGGAGAGCCUUCGCCUACUUGAUGAAUGAUCAGGCUGAACUUGCAUUAAGAGACGCAAUGCAGGCGCAAGUAUGCAUACCUGAUUGGCCAACUGCAUUCUACCUGCAAGCACUUGCUCUCUCAAAGCUGGGGAUGGAAACUGAUGCACAAGACAUGCUUAAUGAUGGAGCAGCCUUCGAAGCAAAGAGGUCUAACAGCUGGCGCGGAUAAAAUUGUAAUUUGCAGUUCUCUGUUCUCUAAACUAGCAUAUAUGUGCUAUUUUUGCUAUAAUUUGUACUUGCUAGAAUAGGGAUAUGUGAGAGUGCUAGUUUAGGGUGCAAGAAAAAGAUUUAUUAUGGUAUAAAGUUUUCUCAAGGAAUAUUGGUCUAAAUUUUGUCACACAAAUGAGUCCUAUCCAGUAGAAUGAAUUUUCUCAGUAUGAAAAUAAGUUCAUUUAUGCCAUCAUCAUGCCUUUUUUUUUCGGGUUUGGUGG